GUGAGAGCGCGAGCCGCUCCCGGAAGUUGGUGUGCGACUUCCUUUUCAUCAGAAGGACGGCUUCUGAAAAGGGUCCGUCCGAGGAGGCCAUCGGGUUCGUUUCUGUGAUGAAACCAGGACUGAGGUACUCAGGUUCCCUCUAAAUGCUACUUUGAAAUGACUGCUGCUUUUUUUGUCAAUAUGGCUAUAACAUCAAGAAGGGCUCUUUCAUCUAGUACUUCAUGGAUACGUUUGGCAUCUUUCACCAGGCAAAGUCUUCUGUCUAAUUCAGCUGUGUCUUGUACUUGCUCGAAAUCUACAUAUUCAGCUCUUCCUGAUGACUAUAACUGCAAAGUAGAACUUGCUUUGACAUCAAAUGGGAAGACGAUCGUUAUGCAUCACCCUUCAGUGGAUAUUCCAUAUGAGCACACACAACCCAUUCCACAAAGAGAUCCAGUGAACUUUAAAGAAGAAACACAUGAUCAGGUGCUGAAAUCAAGACUGGAAGGAGAAGAGUCCAAAAGCAAUAUGGGUCCUACCAUUGAACAGCUUAGUAAAAUGUUUUACACAACAAAGCAUCGCUGGUAUCCUGUGGGACAGUACCACACUAGACGCAAGAAAACUAAUACCCCCAAAGACAGGUGAAUGUGAUGUUUGAAUGUCAUCUUUGCAGUCAUGGAAGAUAAGUAAUGUAUAAGAGAAAUGCAUCUCAGGACCCUAAAAUGAAGUUUGUUGUUUAAAAUGCUGAAGACAUUUCAGCCUGUUAAUGCAUAAAGGGCUUACUCAGGUAAUUAAAAAGUUAUAUAAAAAUGGUAAGAUGUUGUGUUGGUUCAAAUACUUCUAUAAUAUAAGGACUGACUCUACAUAGUUCCUUAAAUAAACAUUCGCAGAAAUUUCUUUCAGAGCCUCCAUCUAAUGUAUUGGUGACCAUUUUUACAGCUCUCUGAAGGCGGCCUCAAAAAAUUAAUAGGUUGAAACACUUUGACUGGCAUUUUAAACAAUAAGUAUCAUAUUAAUGUGUUUUGAGAUCUUGUAUCUGGUUUUUAUUUAGAUGAUUUCACGUUUCUACUACCCAUGGUCAAUAGCUCCCAACAUAUGUGGUUCCGCAAACAUGUAUGUUUGCUUUAUCUUCAUUAAAGUGAUUUUCUAAUAAAAAUUUACUUUGUGGUUUAA